UUGAAUUAGCCAAUUAGCAGCGAGUGAUCCCACGGUUGUCAUCUCAUGACAUCCAAUAGUGGGGGUCAUUGACUCAACAAGACACAUCAAAGAUCAGAGAUUUUAAGUAAUCGACCAAAUCGGCCCCAACCGUGGGAAACAGGACAGAAACGCUGUGUAGUUCAGGUGAGGUGAGCUGCGAGUUUAGUUCCACGCUGGGAUUUUGUCCCAAGAAUAAUACAAUCUUUACGGAUCUCAGCAGUGCGCUAUUCAUUUCACACACAAAACGACAAUAAUAUAGUGGAGGAAUUUUCGCGAGACGCUUCGAUCGUUACUAUGGCAACCGUCGCAGAUCCUUGCAGGACCACUGUCCCUCCAGAGGUGAUGGGCCUUCUGUCGCUAGGCAACCAGCAGCUUAGGCACUGUCAGUCCGAGGAGUCAGCGGUUUUCUUCUGCCGGGCAUACGCAAUGGAUCCCAGAGCAACACAGAGCUAUGUCGCAGGAAUUUCCCAGCAGGCCUUGCAGACCCUCGUGUGUACCCUGGAAGACUUCUGCGUUUGCGGCACUGAUUCUAACGACCUCUUCUCCAAAUUUGGUAUCGCAUUGUCCUUGGAGAAGCUCUGUGAUUGGAUACUCACACCAGAACUAAGCCCGCGAUCGCGAGUUGCGUGGUCUCUGAAAUCGAGGCUGCAGAUGCAACGGGAGCAGUACGAUGACGUCAUAACCACAUGUACCUCCGCCCUUAAGUUGUUCUCCAUCCGGGAUAUCGCCUUCCUGCUCCAACGUGCCCUUGCGUUUCUUCUCCGCAACGACACAAACAAAGCAGUGAAGGAUUUUUUGACCGCGUUCGAGGAAGACUCAAGAGCGACGGAGGCAUAUAUUCGCGAUACGCAAGCAACGUUUAUAACGCUAAUCCUAGACGCUUUUUACGAGAUUCUUUCCAGAGUGAAGAAAAGCAACGCGAGCAAUACCCAGGGAGAGGACCAGAAUAAAGUAAUCAUUAAGCUUUAUCGGUUUGUGUUGAUGCUCAAUUCUGGUGACGGUGUUGCGUACGCGGAGUGCACCAAAAGCUUGCUGGAGCUUGGCGCGUAUAAAGACGCCGCCGUGCUGCUCUCAGACGCGUUGGAGUCAAUGGGAGUCCGCAAGGAGACCAUUCAGAUGGUAAUCCAACGCGCCGAGUGCUACCUUCACAUUGAAGAACUUGUACUAUCACUCAAUGAUUACGUGACGGCGUUAGAGCUCGACGAGAAAGUCACGCACGGCGCAAUUCUCUCGCUUUCGAAGCAGAGUCAGAGCAAACUCGGCGUUCACGCGAAGAGACUUUCGGAUGAUUUACUGCGUCAUUGUCGCAUUCAGAGCAAACUGCGCAGCGCGUGCUGCGUGGAUAUUCAGAUAAACGCGGAGAAACUCACGCGGGCCGCUGGCCUGUUUAAGAUACUACACGUGCUUGAUAACAAUAACACGGAUGCUCUGGUCCAUAGAGCAGAGUGCUACGAACUGCAAGGCAAAAGUGCACAAGCGCUGGAUGUCUAUAACGAUGUCGUUAGGCUCCGCCCUAAAUCUUCACGUUCUUACUGCGCACGCGCAGUCUGCUAUUUGAACUCGGGCAGUAAUGAGGCCGCUCUGAGUGAUUAUAACACGGCACUCGGUAUACAGCCCGGGUGCGCUCGCUCGCUGUGUGGACGGAUGCGAGCGCAUUUUGCUAUCGGGCAGCAAGACAAAGGAAUAGCGGAUUUGAUAAGUGCGGCGAGAGCGGGAGUCGAUAGAGUUCUGGACGCGUUUAAUGAGCUUCCUACCGAAGUUAAAGAGACCUUUAAAGUGCAGUUGAAGAGUUUUCUAAACAGAGCCAUGCAGAAAAUAAAAUCUGGUGCUUACUCAGAGAAAGAUGUUCUCCUUGUUGGGGAAGUUUUAGCGCGUGCUUACAGCACGGAUUUGGAUUCCCACCUUGCGUUUGUAGAGCUCUUAGUUUCAAUGCAAAAAAUCGACGAGGCGCAGGCGAUGUUAAUCCGAUUCAUCCAGCAGAACCCUGGCGAGUUCCUUGCAUCAGUUCACUUAGCGAUGCUGCGCAUGCGUAAUGGUAACAUAUGCUACGCACUUGACGAACUCACCACCCUCCUUAGAACGGUCGGCCAGGAAAAAUUAUCCACUGCGAUUACCGGGUUCCCUGUGUCCGAAAAACAAAAGGUAUCCCGUGAGGCAUACUCGGAGGGACUUCGGCUUGUCGGACGGGAAAACGACGGUGCAGCGGUGUCGUAUUUCACGCUCGCGAUUAUUUUGUCGCCAAAGCAGGCGUGGGAGGCUUACCACCAGCGAGGAAAGCGCUACUUUAAGCUUAAAAAACCAAGGCACGCGCUGCAGGAUUUUACUGCAGUCCUAUCUAUGAGACCGAAGCAAAUCGAGGCUCUUUGUGGACGCGCUGUCAUCAAUCUUACCGCGUGUAAAUAUCAGGAAGCUGUCGGUGACUUCCUCGCAGGGUUGAAAAUCAACCAGAAAAUGCUGGCGAAUUUUCUAAAGAGGCUUCCUGAGAGCUACCGGCGUGUAGCUUUGAGAUCACUUGAGGGUUACUUGCAAUCGCAAUUUGCGUUAUUCAACGCGCACGGUACGAAGUCCGAGUUUAUAAUGCCGUUAAGUCGGCUGUUAGUUGAAGUUGACGGUAACAGUGCGGCGAAUCAUAGUACGUUCGCAGAUGCUUUGUUCCUUGAGGAGGAUUACCAGACUGCGGCGGGCGAGUUGCAGAAAGCAGAGCAACUGAGUAAAACACUUGAUAUGUGCUUAUUCGGUAGGUGCGGUCUCGCGCAUGUCAAACUUAAUGAUUACCGAACAGCGGCUCAGUAUUUCAGUCGCCUUUCAGAAUGUGACGUCGACGGACUAAAGACCAUGAUUGAUGCACUGAACACCAAUCAACGUACAGUAUUAGCACGAGAGGCAGCCAAUCAGGGAACAGAACAGUUACGGGAGUCCAACUUCGCACAUGCGCUUUCUUUUUUCAGUGUCUCCGUGUUCGCUACCAGCGGUCAAAAGGGAGAUUAUUUACGCAUGCGCUGUAAGUGUUUGGAGCGGCUCAGGAUGUACGACCGAGCAAUCGACGAUUUGUCAACGGUAAUGUCCAUGGGAGCUCCUAUGAUUGGCGAUCUUUGCGCACGCGCAAACUUGCAUAUUUUGAACGAAAGCUUAGUUGCGGCUUGCGAGGAUUUUAUGACGUCCUUCGAUAUGAAUGAUCACGUGACCCUGAACAUCAUGGAGUCGUGUCCUGGAAGGGAUGCCACCGUUAGGGCUUUUACGUGCGCUGCUACCCUUGAGUGUGAGGCAAAGCGGUAUUACGAAGCACUAAACUUGUGUGUGUACGGGCUGAAAGUUGACCCCGAGAACGUGGAGUUGAAACGACUUAAAAUGAAACUCGAAAUGGGUGUUAGUAAAUGCUCUAUUCAGUGACGAUGCAAUAUUUAGGCACCGAAUACGUUUUUUUUUAUAUAGGCGGACUGCAAGAUCAUGCAUGAAGCUAGAAAUGUGUUUCAAAUUAUAAGUGAUUGUAAUCUAGCUACAUCACAACAUAAGCUGUAUUUAGGUAGGUUUCCGCUCAAUGGAAUCGACCAAAGUUUAAGUUUACUGUCGAAUCCGUUGUAUCGCCACG